UUAUGGGCAGAGCUGUUCUUUAAGAUUGGAAUUGAAGACUGGAUUUUCAUUCGUUAUGUGUUUUAGUCUGUAGUUUCCCAGACGCGUUUAUUGUCGUCAAUAGUGAUUCCCUCGCAGAUGCGCGACUAAAAUUUUGCCGUAGCUUUUUUCCCAUUGUACUUUAAAGCCACAACUCUUCGAUCAAGAUGAACAGAAUAACGGGAAAGACGAAGGAUGCAACGCUAAUAGAAAUGACCACCACAGCGGAGUCUCAGCUUGAAGACGGCUGUGCUGUGCUGACGGGAUACAGGAGAACCUAUGAGGCAGAGGACAAUAACGGCUGUUUGAACUCCAUCUCAGACAGAGGGACACAGUUGCCAGGACACCAGGAGUUUGAUAAAACACAGCCGAAUAAGGAUUCUGUGUAUUUCCGGGAUGGUGUCCGUCGUAUCGACUUUGUUCUCACUUACGUUGACGACAAAGACGGAGAUAAAAAGCAGGAAAGGAGGCGGGAGUUUGAGUCUAACCUGGAGAAGGCGGGGCUGGAGCUGGAGACUGAAGACAAAUCGGAGUCAGAUGACAAUAAGACAUAUUAUUUGAAGAUUCAUGCUCCAUGGGAGGUUCUGGCCACCUAUGCUGAUGUAUUGAAAAUCAAAGUGCCCUUUAAGGCCAGUGACAUACCCAAAGCGCGGGAUGUCCCCCUGCAAUGGCUCUCCCAGCCCUUUCGCCUGCCAGAGCGUGUCAUGCGCCCUGAGCCGGAUUACUUCACAUCGCCCUUCGACAAGAACAAGAUUGACUUCUUCCUGAUUGAUGACAAGGAAACUUUUUUCCCUCCAUCCACACGCAACAGGAUCGUAUACUACAUUCUGACUCGAUGCCCCUACUACAAGGAGGACAAUUUGGAGAAAGACAAAACAGGCAUCAAACGCUUGCUUAGCAAUGGCACCUACACCUCUGCUUACCCUCUGCACGAUUGUCGUUACUGGAAGAAAGCGAGGGAGAGCCAGUGUGAGAGCGAACGUUAUUACCUCUAUAAGCACUGGGCCCGUUUCCUCUGCUUCUACAAAGAGCAGCCUCUCAACCUUAUCAGGAAGUACUAUGGAGAGAAGAUAGGAAUCUACUUUGCUUGGCUGGGCUUCUACACAGAGAUGCUGCUCUUUGCUGCCAUCAUGGGAGUGAUCUGUUUUGUCUACGGUGUGCUCAGCUACGACGACAACAUAUCCAGUAAAGAGAUCUGUGACCCCAAUAUUGGAGGGAAAAUUGUCAUGUGUCCCCUGUGUGAUAAGAAGUGCACAUACUGGAAACUCAACUCUACGUGUUUGUCAUCCUGGCAAUCUCAUCUGUUUGACAAUGAGGGCACAGUGUUCUUUGCCAUAUUUAUGGGGAUUUGGGUGACUUUGUUCCUGGAGUUCUGGAAGCGGCGGCAGGCACGGCUGGAGUACGAGUGGGAUUUAGUGGACUUUGAGGAAGAGCAGCAGCAGCUCCAAAUCCGACCAGAAUAUGAGAUCAAGUGCACGAGUCGCAGACUUAACCGCAUCACACAGGAAAUGGAGCCAUAUCUGCCCUUCACAAGCAAAUGUGCUCGCUUCUGCCUCUCUGGAGCCACUGUGGUGUUCUGGAUAAGUCUUAUUGUGGCUUGCAUCAUUGGGGUGAUAGCGUAUCGUUUAGCUGUGUAUGCGGCCUUUGCUAGCAUCAUGAAGGACAGCCCUACCAGUAAAAUCCAACUGGUGGGCUCGCUCAUCACACCCCAGCUAGCCACUUCCGUUACUGCCUCCUGCAUCAACUUUGUCAUUAUCCUUAUCCUCAACUUCCUUUAUGAACAUGUGGCCAUCUGGAUUACAGACAUGGAAAUACCCAAGACACAUCUGGAGUAUGAGAAUAAGCUGACCAUGAAGAUGUUCCUCUUCCAGUUUGUCAACUAUUACUCAUCCUGCUUCUAUGUUGCCUUCUUCAAAGGAAAAUUUGUGGGUUACCCUGGUGACUACACUUAUAUGUUUGGUAAACGGAGAACACUGAGAAACGAGGAGUGUGCUCCAGGAGGCUGUCUGAUCGAACUCACCACCCAGUUAGUCAUCGUGAUGGCUGGGAAGCAGCUGGUGGGGAACAUCCAGGAAGCUCUACUGCCGCUCCUGAGGAACUGGUGGGGCAGCAGGAAGGCUCGGAACCAUCCGGAAAGGCAGUACAGCCGCUGGGAGCAAGACCAUGACCUACUGAAUUUCAGCCAGUUCGGCCUUUUUUAUGAAUACCUAGAGAUGGUGAUUCAGUUUGGCUUCAUCACCCUCUUUGUGGCCUCCUUCCCUCUUGCUCCUCUGCUUGCACUCUUCAAUAACAUCCUGGAGGUGCGAGUAGACGCCUGGAAGUUCACGACGCAGUUCCGUCGGCCUGUGGCAGCAAAGGCUCGAAACAUCGGUGCCUGGCAAGAGAUCCUCAAUGUGGUGGCCAUUUUGUCUGUGGUUACAAAUGCGUUCAUCAUGGCCUUCACUUCAGACAUGAUUCCCCGUCUGGUCUACUUAUACGCCUACCAUCCAGGCAAUGAGAUCACUAUGAGGGGCUACGUAAACAAUAGCCUCUCCGUGUUUGAGAUCUCCAAGUUUGACCCUUACAACGAACCUGAUUCAGAGGAGAACCCUGCAUGGUUUAACAGCUCCAUCAUCACCACUUGCAGAUACCGGGAUUACCGUUACCCACCGGGCCAUGAGAAGGAGUACACCCACACCAUGCAGUUCUGGCACAUUCUCGCGGCCAAACUUGCCUUCAUCAUCAUCAUGGAGCAUGUUGUGUUUGUGGUUAAGUUCUUCGUUGCGUGGUUGAUCCCUGACGUGCCGUCGGACGUGAAGGCACGCAUCAAACGGGAGCGCUACCUUAUCCAGGAGUACCUGCAUAACUACGAAGUGGAGAAGCUCAAACUCCAACUAAGCCAGAGUUUCUGUGUUACCACGGAGACAGUAUCCCUGCUCCCAUCCAGCCCUGAUAAACACGAGGUGCUGUCGGAGUGCCUGUAAAGCCUGUUUCCUGGACCAGCGGUCCUCUGUGUUUAGACCAUUACUCACGAAGAUCUGUUUGAUACAAAAUGCAGUGGAGAAGUCUAAGAAGUUUUUGUUUGGUCUUACAUAUUUACAUGUCUGCUGGAUAACUGAGCAAGAUCAGAUCCUGGGCUUCUGAUCCAAAACAAAUACAGCAAUCAGAACUUAGCCGUGGCUCUAACCUCAGCCACUGCUGUCAGAACUGCAUUCCACGCUGAAGAUGAGCUUCAAGAGUAGGGCCAGGUUCUCUCUGUUUACUCUCUGCAAACGUUCCAACGCCUGUGCUUUACACACAUCCAAGGUGCACUUACUUGACUGUUUGAGAAGUAUAAUGGUCAAUCAGUAUUUCCCAAAGCUCUUUCCCAUGAGCACUGGAGACUGUGGGAGAGGCUUUCUUGACUAUCAGGUUCAGUAUUUCCUGAAUUGGAUGCUGAGUACACUGAAUCCAUCUGUUUGGGCCUGGGGGUAAAA